AAAUUUGUAGAGUAUUCCUGAAGCGGUUCCUCGCUUGUACGACGCCGCAUUGCGGUUCCACCUUUUUACGUCUAAGAGUUUCUCUUUGUUUUCUUUUUCCCUUCGUUCUAUCAAAUUCGUUAUUCCUCUUCCAAAUGAAUACCCAAUACUUGAGGCAAUUGCUCCGUAAUAUCUAUUCUACAAAACAUUUUCUCAACCGUGAAAAACCACAUUGGAACAAUAUGCAUAGUGCUUUUAUACGGCUUCAAUUACAAAGGUCCAGAGCAGACAAAGUAGAAGAUAAGCUAAAAGAAGAGCAAGAAAAGCAACAGAUUUCUUCCAAAUCUACAGUUAAGAAGGCGGAUGGAAAUUAUGGGAUUAGCAAAUAUAGCUCUGAUGAUGAAGAUACCUCUGAUAGUAAAUGGAAGUUAGAGUUGGCUUGGCUCUCCAAGACACUUGAACCAGCUCUGCAAUUUUGUAGGUGGGCUCUGCCAACAGGAUACGAAAUUGGAAAGAAACCCCCACCAAGUCAUCGAUCCCUUACAGAAAUAAUUGCAUGCAUCAAAAGGAGCAAGCUUGGAAUCCAGGAUUGGAGCUUGAGUGACCUUACAAUUGGCUUGUAUCUGAUAUAUCUUCGUCAAGCUUCUACUCAUCCAUUUGAAGAUAUCAAAGGCAUUCAGAUAUUGUCAGAAUCAAUUGUUCAAGAUCUCAUAUAUCAUAUUGAGUUGGCUAAAGGUGCUUAUAAGGAUAGUCCUGUUGUUCUUUCAAGGAACAGCAUGCUAAGAGAAAGUAAUGUCAAGAAAUUUGUUAAGAACUCCAGUGUAAUGAGGCCUGCAUAUUAUAUUGGAAUUGAUAUGCGUAAAAAGCUUGUAAUUUUAGGCAUAAGGGGAACACAUACUUUUUAUGACCUUAUCACUGAUAUACUUUCCUCAAGUGAUGGUGAAGUCACCUUUGAAGGCUAUUCAACCCACUUUGGAAUUGCUGAAUCUGCACGUUGGUUUCUCCAUCAUGAGAUUGAAAUCAUAAGAAAAUGCUUGGAGAAACAUGAGGGAUUUAAGUUAAGACUCGUGGGUCAUUCUCUAGGAGGGGCUAUAGCUUCUUUGUUGGCAAUAAUGAUCCACAGAAAAUCACCAAAGGAGCUGGGUUUUAGCCCUGACAUUGUAUCUGCGGUUGGCUAUGGAACUUCACCAUGUGUCUCCAAAGAACUUGCUGAAAACUGCUCUGGCUAUGUGUCGACAGUUGUAAUGCAGGAUGAUAUUAUACCAAGAUUGAGUAUAGCUUCCCUAACAAGGUUCAGAAAUGAAAUUGUUCAAACCGAUUGGAUGAGUGUAAUUGAUAAAGAAGAUUGGAAAGGCGUCACGGAUUUGGUUACAAAUGCAAAGCAGGUUGUGUCUUCAGUGCAAGAUGUGGCUCAAAAACUUGCUGAUUAUGCAAAUUUUAGGACAAAUAAAAGUUUAGCUGUUGCUACAGAAACUCCCAAGCCCUCUAAAGCUGCAAAGGAGAAUUCAGUUGCCACGAAAGAUGCGGAAGCUAAACCUCCAGUAAUCGAGGAGUUAUUUAUACCUGGGACUGUUUACUAUAUUAAAAGGAAUUUGGGAUCCAAAAAGGACGUCGGAAAGGAUUUUUUUACCCUUUACAAGAGGGAACCUGGUGAGCAUUUCCAGAAAAUAUUCUUUUCAGGAAAUUUUAUUACAGACCACAGAUGUGAUACCCAUUAUUAUGCUUUGAGAGAUGUUCUUAAAGGUCUGCCAUGGUGUGGAGAGGAAGGUAUAUUUAAAUAACAAAUAUUGUAACUUGUUUUUAUUUUAAAUUAUAUCAUUUGAUUGUAAUGUAACUGUACAUUGUGUAGCUAAGUUUCUGUGCUUAGGGUAUUUGUACAUGCUUAUGGUUUGGAUCUCGUCCAGUGAUUGUUGUGAAUUAUAUUUUGAAGAGAUAUCUUUGAAUUUCUUCA